GCCUAUCAAUUAGACGAGUGCAUGUUUUUUACUCUCAAGUACAUAUUUGGAGAGGUAUUGAAAAAAUAUUUGCUGUGGCAAGUCUACAGAUAUAAAGAAAUUAUUUGAUGAAAAAAUUAGUUUCGAAUUUUGCUAAUUGGGUAAUAGGGGGCGUGUUUUGAGUUUUUUCUGCCAGUUGGCUGAAAACAGUGGAAAUAUCAAAGUCUGUCUAAUUUGUCGAUUAUAAAAAAAUUUCCGUGGUCAAUCACCAAUUUCCAUCGCACCAGUUACUCGCAAGACUAACCCGUAUGUCAUAUCCGAAUUUCAGUUUCACUACUUGACGCGUUCUUUGAUGCGUCGCGGUCAAACAUUGACAAUUUAACUGCUAAAAGGCUUAAAAAAUCAAUUGUGGUCUUGUCUCCAAUCAAAUUCUCCGGCAAAAAACACGAUUAUAAUCGCCUUUUAGUCCACCAUGGUGGAUGUGAGGACCGUCAGCUCUUCUGUAUUUGAAGCAUUAAGGGAUGUUAACAUUAAAGACCUGUUGGAAAUCCCUGAGAAGGAGCUGCGAUGUAUUUUACCUUGCCUUGUUCGGAUGGCACUUUGUGCUCCUCUUGACACUAGUGCAAAAUGGAACACGGAAAGAAAGAGGAUUCUCCAGAUAUUGUCUGGUCUAGAAGUGGUCAAUGGAUUGGUUGCAUUGCUGUCUAUAGAUUUUCAUGCACUUGAGCAGGAUGCAAGAAAAGAACAGCAACUAAGAGCUAAAAUAGGAGGAAGCCAGAAUGACAGCAUCCUUAUUUCCCAGCUACAGCAUGGGAUUGCAAUUGAAUUUGAGAGGAGUGAUGCAGCAAGGAAACUUAGGCUUGUUCUUAGUGAACUUUUAUUUGUUAUGUCGCAGAUUCGUGAACCUCGAUCAGACUUUUACACCAAGUCUUCAGAUUUGUUUGAUAGUGAGGUCUAUCUUGAGGAGGUGUCUGAUGUCAUGUGUAUUGCACAAGCUGAGUUGCCCAACCUUCUGCCAAUGACUGAUGUGUCUGAGACAUUGCUGCACAUGAAAAAUGGCAACUGGUUGUUAAGUAGAUUGGUAGCAAAUGCACCUGAUAGUUUCCUUGAAGUUUGUACGUCAUUGGUGAUGAAUGGGGAGAAACAAGAGGAAGAGUCAUUAGGCGGCCGGAAGAGAUCAGACGCCCUUCAGAUGUUGUGUGAGAUGAACCCUGCUCAGAUACUUCAUGUCAGAGCAAUCUGUGUUAGUAACUGUCGUCUGCCAAGCUUAGCGGUCCAGCUGACCCUGCAUCAUUGUCAACACUCAGAGGAGGACGGGGAGGAGGAUGACAGUGGCGUCAAUGAGCUUGUUUCCUUUAUCAGUGGGUUACUCCUGGGCAGUGAUACAAAUGUCAGGAAUUGGUUUGCUCAGUUUGUACGCAAUGGACAAAAAAAAAAGGAGACUUCCCCAUCCACGCUGUCCUUCCUUCGCCAACAUCUCCUUCAAGAACUGAACAAGUUGUUCAAAGAGGGCUCCAAUAAACUCCCAGAAGAACAUAUUGUGCAGGCUAGUGCCUUUACCAGGCUUUACUGUGCAUUGAAAGGAAUAGCUGGAUUGAGGUUCAGUGAUGAUGAAAGCAAAGCCCUGCUGCGCCUUGUCACAUGCCAUCCACCGCCAUCCCUGGGUGGUGUCCGAUUGGUGACACUUGGUCUGUGUAUGCUCAUUGGAUGUCCUCAGCUAAUAAGUGGCCAAGAACCAGAGAGAACAGCAGUUGAAUGGAUCAAGUGGCUUGUGAAAGAGGAAUCGAAAUUUGAAAUUGCUAGUGGCGUUGCUGCAUCAUUUGGUGAGAUGCUGUUCCUGAUAGCGAUCCAUUUCCAUGGCAAUCAGACCCAAGCUAUUGCCGAGUUGGUGUGUACGACCUUGGGGAUGAAGAGUGCUGUGAAGGCAAACGCAUUGUCCAGAUUGAAGCAGAUAUUCACACAGGAUAUAUUUAAUGAACAGGUGGUGACUAGUCAUGCAGUCAAAGUAGCAGUCACUCCACGCUUGAAUGCUGACCUGGCAGGAUUUCUCCCUAUUCACUGCAUAUUCCAGUUGCUGAAGAGUCGAGCAUUUUCCAAGCACAAAGUUCCAAUCAAGGAUUGGAUAUACCGGCAAAUUUGCUCUUCGGCCCCUCCCCUGCAUCCCUUACUGCCGCCCCUGAUUGAGACAUUCAUCACGAGUAUCCUCAUGCCAAGCAUCAAAACAGCUGGUCACACGAAUGAACCGUUCACUGAGGAAGAAAUCAUCAGCAUAUUUAAGAGCUCAGCCUUGAUGAAAACAAGCCAGGCAGAUGCCAUGGAAGUUGAUUCGGACACGAAUAACUUGGAUAGUUUCACAUCUCAGCUUCUGAUGUUGUAUUACAUUCUGUUGUAUGAAGACUGCCUCAUGAGUAACAUGAAAUCAAUAGUGGCUUCAAGUAGAAGGGUGAAGAGGUAUUCCCAAAACCUCAUAUCACAGCUCCCGAUCAAGUACCUUCUGCAGCAGGCCCAGCGAGAGCAACAACUCUAUGCUGGUCUCUUCUCACCAAUGCUAAAGUUAUUGGCGACCCACUUCCCUCACCUGUGUCUGGUACAGGACUGGUUGGAUGAAGAGCUUCAUUUCGAUGUGAAAGGUCCCCACCAUCCCGUUAAUCUCAAUGUUUCUGUUUGUAAUGGCAAAACCAUUCAGCAAGCAUUUGAUUGUCUGGGUGAGUCCUCAACCCCACUCUUGAUGCAGUUAGAAUAUCUCCAGUCCCUGCCCAUGGCAGAAAUCAUCAAAAAUGCAGACGUGAUCAUCGAAAAUCUUCCAAAACUUUUGGAGGAGAAGGUCCCUCGAAAACUUCAGGAUCUCGUUCAGAAUAUUUGGGUGCAGUUCAAUACCGUCAUGACAAGAAGGUUGAGAGUGAUGACGGUCAAUGCCCUCAGGUCCAAUGGCAUGCAAAAAGGCCUUCCUUACACCGAGGAUGACAUGACAGUAGAUCCACUGAUUGUGCUCAGGUGUGACGUCAGAGUAUUCAGGUGUCCGCCUAUUCUAGAGAUAGUGCUCCGGACGUUGUUGUCCUACCUUCAGGCGUCGCGGGCCUACCUGACGUCUCACUGUCUCACAAACCCUAUCCAGGAGAAGAAUGGACCUAGCACUGCCAAUCAGGAGAGGGAAGAGUUGAAGAACGCCCUCAUAGCCACUCAGGAGAGUACUGCAGUUCAGAUCCUGCUCGAGGCAUGUUUGCCAAGGCCUGAGGAGAAGGGGAAGGAAGAAGCCCAAAACAAUCUGCGGGAAAUUCACUGCCUCAUUUGUUCACAUCUUCACCAAGUGUUCAUUGCUGAUCCAAAUCUGGCAAAGCUUGUGCACUUCCAGGGUUACCCCAGUGAGCUCCUUCCCAUGACAGUUCGUGGCAUUCCCUCCAUGCACAUCUGCCUAGACUUCAUUCCCGAGCUUCUCAGCCAACCGGACAUGCACAAACAGAUCUUCUCGAUCGAGUUGGUGUCGUUUCUGAGUCUCCAAUAUGCCUUGCCAAAGUCAUUGGGGAUUGCCAAGCUAGCUGUUAGUGUCAUGACAACACUCCUAGGAGUUUUAACGGCUGACAGUAGAUCUAAAUUCUUUCUACCCGUGCUGCCGGCCUUGGUACGGAUAGGGCAAGCUUUCCCGCCUCUGUGCGAGGAUAUCAUCAAUCUCCUGACACAGCUUGGACAUGUCUGUGCUGCUCACAUCUCAGCCACGAGGAAUAAACUGGUCACAAGUUCGAAACGGGACGAAGACGACAUUUUUAGGGCACAACCAAACAUUUCACAAUCUACAUCAGAGGACCACAAACUUUUUGAAGAGCUGACACACACCUUUUCUCAGAUUGUUCAGAAUACUGUCAUAGUGAAAUCGGUGACAUGAUGCGAUUAGUGUAAAGACUUGAGGACUUGAUAUUUGUGUUGCCUUUUAUACAAGACAGUGACAUUGUCAUGCAUUUUUGUUGUUGAGUUAUUGUGGUGCUGAGAGAUAUGAAGGACAGUGAUAUUCAGGCCCUCCUCUUUCAAUCAAGAAAACAGGUUGUCCUGCAAAACUUGUGGUCUCAAGAUGUUUCAGAAUUGAACAUAUUAAAUGCUUAAAAAGUGUUAAUGGUUUGAACAAAUAGUUGUGAAUGAUAUUUCAUUAUGCUUUUGAUAUGAAACUUAAAAAGAUGUGAUGUGAACUUUGUUUUUGCUUGUAUCUCUUAUUCCAUUUAAAGACAUAGAACCAGUGGGAUGAUUGAAACGA